CGUCUAGAAGGAAAAAAGAGAGGCAACAGGAAGUCUUAUGGAAAAGAUUGUACAGUCUGUUUCAACACAAUCUUGCACCUCUGACGUCGCGAUACACGGAACACUGUCUUAAACCUUAAUUUAUUCUACAAAGGAAAUUUAAGGAGAGACUUUCGAAAGAAAGCAUCCGCCUUCAGUUGUCAAAGAAACCUCCUGUUGUUUCUCUGAGGAACAUCUACAGAAGGCUACAGAGCUGCUGCCAUGUCCCCCCCUGCCUGUUUGAUCUGCUGCUUGGCUGCUGUCCUUUGGCUCAGCGUAUUGUGCCAAGCUCAAUAUGAGCAAUGGGGUUACCCAGAGGGCUACCCAGGGCCCGCGCAAGAGCACUACCAGCCCCCCCAGCUGCCUCCUGACACCCCCAAAAUCCAGCUGAGGCUCACAGGUGACAAACGGAAGCACAACGAAGGGCGCGUGGAGGUGUUCUACAAUGGGGAGUGGGGCACCGUCUGUGACGACGACUUCUCUAUUCAUGCCGCCCAGGUGGUGUGCAGGGAGCUUGGGUAUCUCGAAGCCAUCUCAUGGUCCCCAGCCUCGAAGUAUGGCAAGGGAGAAGGCCGUAUCUGGCUGGACAAUGUUCACUGUACAGGAAAAGAGAAGAGCUUGGCUCUUUGCUCUUCCAAUGGCUUUGGGGUGUCAGAUUGCAAGCACACAGAAGAUGUAGGUGUGGUUUGCAGUGACAAGAGGAUCCCAGGCUUCAAGUUCAUCAACAGUUUGACCAACAACAUCGAGAGCUUGAAUAUCCAAGUGGAAGAUGUACGAAUCCGAGCAAUCCUGGCCACCUAUCGCAAACGCAUCCCAGUAACAGAGGGCUACGUGGAAGUGAAGGACGGUGGGAAGUGGAAACAGAUUUGCAAUGAAGACUGGACUCAGAUGAACAGCAGGGUUAUCUGUGGAAUGUUUGGGUUCCCUGGCGAAAGAAAAUACAAUGCCAGAGUCUACAAGAUGUUUUCCAGGAAACGGAAGCACACCUACUGGGAUUACUCUGUCAACUGUACUGGAAACGAGGCACACUUGUCCAGCUGUAAGAUGGGCAAUUCCAUGGUGGAGAAGGGGAACAGCACAUGCCAGCAGGGAAUGCCCGUGGUGGUCAGCUGUGUCGCAGGCCGAGCGUUCGCCCCUAGCACCAUGAUAGGCUACAGAAAGGCAUUCAGACAGGAGCAACCUCUGGUGCGUCUGAAGGGUGGUGCAAUCGUUGGCGAGGGGCGUGUGGAGGUCCUGAAGAAUGGGGAGUGGGGCACCAUCUGUGACGAUAACUGGAACAUCCUUGCUGCCACUGUGGUGUGUCGAGAGUUGGGGUUCGGGAGUGCCAAGGAGGCUCUGUCCGGUGCCAGGCUUGGGCAAGGUAUGGGUCCUGUCCACAUGAAUGAGGUGGAGUGCUCAGGGUUCGAGAAGUCCAUCACUGAGUGCUUCUUUAACAAAGACUCGCUGGGCUGCAGCCAUGAAGAGGAUGCUGGUGUGAGGUGUAAUGUUCCUGCCAUGGGUUUUGAGGGCCGGCUGCGCCUGAGCGGCGGCCGGAACCCUUUUGAAGGCCGUGUGGAGGUCCUGGCAGAGAAGAACGGCUCUCUGGUGUGGGGCACUGUGUGCAGCGAUGGAUGGGGCACUAUGGAGGCCAUGGUGGUGUGUCGUCAGCUGGGACUAGGCUUUGCCAACCACGCCUUUCAGGAAACGUGGUACUGGCCAGGAGAGGUCAGUGCGGAUGAUGUGGUGAUGAGUGGGGUGAAAUGCUCGGGGACAGAGAUGUCCCUCUCUCACUGCCUUCACGAUGGACAAAACCCCAACUGUCCCAAAGGAGGGGCCCGCUUCGCUGCUGGAGUCUCGUGCUCGGAGACUGCCCCUGACCUGGUGCUGAACCCCCAAGCAGUGGAACAGACCACCUACCUGGAAGACAGGCCCAUGUUCAUGCUGCAGUGUGCCCAUGAGGAGAACUGUCUGGCCAGCUCUGCCAACAACGCGCCCGCUAACGCCUACCGACGCCUGCUGCGCUUCUCCUCACAGAUCCAUAACAACGGCCAAUCGGACUUCCGUCCCAAGGCUGGGCGCCACUCCUGGAUCUGGCACGACUGCCAUCGGCAUUACCACAGCAUGGAAGUCUUCACACACUAUGAUCUACUCAGCCUUAAUGGCACUAAAGUCGCUGAAGGACACAAAGCCAGCUUCUGUCUGGAGGACUCCGAGUGCGAGGAAGGGAUUCAUAAACGGUAUGAGUGUGCUAAUUUUGGAGAACAAGGAAUUACAGUGGGCUGCUGGGACACUUACAGGCAUGAUAUUGACUGUCAGUGGGUAGAUAUCACAGAUGUCAAGCCUGGAGAUUACAUUUUCCAGGUUGUAAUUAAUCCCAAUUAUGAAGUGGCUGAGUCCGAUUUCACCAACAACAUCAUGAAAUGCCGGUGUCGGUACGAUGGACACAGAAUAUGGAUGUACAGCUGUCAUAUAGGUGGUUCUUUUAGCGCAGAGACAGAAAACACCUUCCCAGGACUCAUUAAUAACCAGAUAUCCCACAGGUAAAGGGGACAAAAGAGCAGGAACCGGACAUUAGAUACACCCAGCAAUCCAAGACAUGUGCCAGUCAACCCAACCACUAGGAGAUGGUAAACUUAUUUCUGUCCACUCCCUGGUGCUGCCCAGUUCCUUUUUCUUACUUGUCUGAAAGUCCAAGGUGCUCAUUCGAUGUGUGCCAAACAGUAUUAAAGAACCUAAUCACAUUUCCAAUUGUUUUAGAAGCACAUCAUGGUCUCUAAAACUUUUUGCUUUGCAAUUUAAUAUAACUAUUUACUAAUGGUUCUCUUAAUUCUUGAGUGUUUAUCUGAUAAAUGUCCUACAAUGAGUUAAGUACCACCACAUGUAAAAGUAGUUAUUUAACUCUCUUCUUGCCUUUAAAAUUGUGCACUACUGACCUUUUCUUUAAGUUACAUUAAAAAGCAAAGACUAUAAAAUUAAUUGGCAUUUUACAAUUUUUAAUUUACAUGCUCAAUUGAUUUGAAAUCAGUAUAAUCAACCUGGACUCAUUUUGGGUUAAUUUUAAUUCAUAAGGUUAAAGUUAAUAGUGCCUACAAAUAAGACAGAAUUUAAUGUUAACUGUUGUUUUUACAAAUUUUCCUUAUUCCCCAAAGUUCCAAAUGUUGCAAAAGAUCAGGUAGCAAAGAUCUUACAUGAAUUAAAUUAUAAACUACAUAUGGUUUUAGGAUGUAAGAUUUUAACUAUAAUCUAGCCUUCUGUUUUGAGCUUUUCUCCUACUCUAAUUCUUAGAAAUAAACUCUAAUUUCAUGUAUUAAGGUACUUUGGUUACAUUAAUGCACAUGUAGAAGUAGCAGUAUUUGAUAAGUAAAAGUUUCUACUAACUCUAAAAAGCAUUAUGCAGAUUACAACAAAAAAUAAGGCCACUGCAGAUUAUAUUUCAGUACAGUCAUUGCAAGACUAUGACGCUCAAUAGUUCGAUCAAUUUAUUUAAUUUUCAAUGGACAAAAAAAUUAAUAAAAAGGUAUCUGCAAAAUUCUGUUUUGGUUUUUGUUGGCACUACUUUUUUAGAAGCAGCGCCUAAUUAUUUAUUGAUUUUAAGAAGCAUGUUUGUGCAUUUUUUUUAAUGCCACUAAUGCUGCUUGUUCCUGCUACAAGUACUACAAAGGACUCCACUGUAGCAACGUACCAAUGGACUGGUUACACAAGUUUGAAACUGCCACUGCUGUAUGAGCUAAAGUGAAUGCUUGUUGUACAACACAAUCAAUUUGCCAUUGAAAACAAAAGCAAUACUUCCUCAGCUUAAGCAGCCCAAGAUUUAAAAAGAUGUGCUCUGAAAAAUAGCAUUCUCCAGUCCUUCGCCCCCUUACUAAUGCAGUACCUUCUACCUUUCCUAUAUUUGGAUGUUUCUGCUGCAAAAAAUAUUUUAAAUAUUUCAGGAGUGACAGGUCAACUUGUGCUUAUGCAAUGCAUUUUUUCUUAAGAACCACAUUUUAUAAUGGCUUUUCUUUUCCUACUUUCAAUAAACUCAUCUGUUAAAGUAAGCAUCUUAAGUAACUUAUUUUUGUAAGUCAGGGAUUUCAAUAUAUUGAUUUAUAUUAAUGUAUCAUUUUCAAAGCCUCUGCCAGUGUAAGUGUUUCUUUGUUCAUUAUUUUGUGAAAUUUGUUUUUGUUAUGGUGCUAAUAAACUGUGUUCCUCUGUUUUUUGAGGGUACACAUUGCCAGCUGAAUGGUUAUGUAUGCAUAUACUUGAAAGAAAAAAAUCCAUAUUGUGCUUCUUUUUUUGGUUUCCAUAAUAAAGGUAUGAUUUAUUAAGCA